CUCUCCCCCUCCCCCUCCCCCUCCCUCUCUCUCUAUUUUAAUUCUCGUUAUGGCCAUGACUACUACUCCUCCUCCUCUUUCUCAGAUUCUUCUCUAUUUUCUCAGUCAACCCCAGAACUCUCUCUUUCCUUUUCUCUUUCACUCGUCAAUCCAUUCCCUUUCAUUCCAAUCCCCAUCUGGGUUCUACCCUCCUCACCCAUAUCUCAAAUGGGUCGCCGCCAAAACGACUCUGAGCCAUCCCGUUUCAUCUCUCUAUCCUUCCUCUUGGUGGGAUUGAUUUCUUGUGCUUUAGUCUACACUGUCCUCUCCGUCGUUCUCAAUCCUAAUAUAAGUUCUAAAGGUUCGAACUUUGAGUCUUUAGCACUGACAGAGGAGAGUAGUGAUGGUGGGUGCUGUAGAGGGAUUGAGAAGUUGGAGCUUUGGGGAGCUGCCGUGAAGUGGGGGUCAGAUUUUAAGUUCAAUUCUUCCAAGGAGUGCUGUCAGGCUUGUAAGGCUAUGUGCACUGGCAUUGAUGGGCCGUGCUUGUGUGAUACCUGGGUGUUUUGUGGCAAUAAAAAGGCUUGUGGAUCUAAAUUUGGUGAGUGUUGGCUGAAGAAGCAAAAGGAUGUAUUUGCCCCUGAUCGACAGGAAGCAGGUGACCCUGUUAUUUGGACUUCUGGGAUUGUCUUUGGAAAAGGAGAGGGCAUUGUUGGCCUGGAAACAGAAUUUGGCACUCUUCAUAUAAAACUCUUCCCAGACUGUGCUCCCCAUUCUGUAGCCUACAUUCUUGAGUUGCUCACUCUGCGUCAUUGUGCUGGUUGCCAAUUUCAUCGUGCCGAGGGCCGAUGUCAAUUGUGGGAUGCAGAAGGGAACCACAUAAAAAAGGCUCCUUUUGGCCCUCCUUUUGCAAUGAUUCAAGGGACACUAGAAGCUCAAGGAACAUCAUUCAAGAAAAUUCCAACUGAAGAGUGCCCAUACAUAAGAAGGGGUUCAGUAGCCUGGGUUGGCUCUGGUCCAGAAUUCUUCAUUAGCCUAGCCAAUCACCAAGAAUGGAAGAAAGCAUACACUGUCUUCGGUUCUGUUCUUCCAGAAGACAUGGAAAUUGCUGAGAAAAUUGCCCAGCUCCCCACCAAAUCUGAUGUUUGGAACAAUAUUAAUGUCUCUGUCUUAGAAAAGCCACUUCCCUUGCUGGUCAGAAGACUCAAGGCAAGACAGGGAAAUCUAAACAAAAUGUGAAAUCAGAUUUAAUUUUUUUUUAGUUGGCAAUGUAUACAAUUUUUUUUUUCCGGCUUGUUCACAUUUCACAUGUUUGUUGUCUCAGCUGUCUGUUAUGGACUCGAUUUUUUGUCA